AUGCCUCGAACUCUACCAUGGCUUACUGGCAGCGGUAGCGAAGUCAGGGACGCAAAGAGCUCACCGCGUCGACGUGAAGUGAAGCAUGAGAAAGACUCGGACCACGGCGCUGAGGAGACACCAAAGGCAUCCAAGUCUACGUCUCGCGGAGAGAAGCGAGACUUUCUUCGGUCAUCGCCGAGUCCUCCAACGUCUCCCAUCCAGCGAUGCCCUUCAGAAGAAUAUCUGAUCGAAGGGUUUGAUCAAGAUGAUAUUUACAUGAUGGUCGAAGACGAGUUCUACGCCAUGGCGCAGACGUUCACCCAGCACCUCCACUAUGCGGAAUACGUCAAGCGUAAGAAGGAGGCCAAACUACAAAAUGCAGCUGCGAUUCAGGACCUUGCCCGACCAACGGAUGGUAUCACGCCGAAAAGCGAAGAGAUGAGGAGGAAGGAGGCGGCCGCCGCCCUCUCGGCCCGUCAAAAGGCAGGCUUGGAGAAAAUCGAGCGCAAGCGGCCGCAGCUGGACUCUGAUAGGGAGGAAGACGAUACGGAAGAAGACGAGGAGCUUACCGGUACCUCGCUAGGAUACCUCAUGACGAGUCCACGGAAGGCUCGCUCGCUAGUAGGCAUGCAAAGCAUUAAAUCGUCCACUAGGGCCGCUGCUGGGUUUGCCCAAGCGUCUGGGGUGAAAAGGCAGCAGACGCAUUUUGAUGAGCAUAUCCAUUCUUCACCGAAGGCUGAAGUUGAAGGAGACGAUCAUGCGGCGGAUGCAACGGCUACGGAAGAUGACGACUUGGACGUACAGAUCACCAAGACUCCCACAAGACCAACGGCAAAAAGACCUUCUAUUGGAUCAAAUCUCAACUUGCCGGUCUCAAGGACCAGUUCUUCGACUCCUCAAUCUACUGAUAAUGAUGAUAAAGGAAAGCGGCCCGGGGGCAUUAUUCACAGAACUCAACCUUUGGGCAGAUCGAGAAAAAGAGUAUUUUUCGAUGACUUUGACGAGCUUCCAGAGCCGUCGAAUCAAAGCACUCCAGCACAUGACCGGCUGAAAUCCCACACAGCUAAUAAUACAUCAAAAGAUUCGAACAAAAGUGUUCUAAGCUCGAAAAAAGCCCGUCUCAACGAAGUCCCGACAUUCUUGUUUUGA